GUCUUGUUCCUUUGGGCUGGACAUGGAGGAGUUGGAGGAAGAUGUAAAGUUUAUUGUUGAUGAGACCUUGGACUUUGGAGGAGUGUCACCAUCUGACAGUCGUGAGGAGGAAGACAUGGCAAUGUUGGUGACUCCAGAGAAACCACUCCGACGAGGCCUCUCCCACAGGAGCAACCCAAAUGCAGUAGCCCCUACCCCCCAGGGUAUGAGGCUCAGCCUAGGCCCCCUCAGCCCAGAGAAGCUGGAAGAGAUCCUUGAUGAGGCCAACCGGCUGGCCACUCAGCUGGAGCAGUGUGCCCUGCAGGAGCGGGAGAGUGCAGGUGAGGGCCCAGCACCACGACGCCAGAUGAAGCCCAGCCCUCGGCGGGAGACCUUUGUACUGAAGGACAGCCCUGUCCGAGACCUGCUGCCCACUGUGAACUCUUUGACUCGGAGCAACCCCUCCCCAAGCAACAGGACACCUCGACUUCGGAGCAGUGAUAGGAAGGGAUCUGUCCGGGCUCUUCGGAUAACAUCUGGGAAAAGGCCCUCCAGCAUGAAGAGGGAGUCACCCACUUCCAGUGUAUUCCCUGUGACCAAGAGCCCAGCAUCUUCUCCACUUGCCCGAUCGAGUCCUCCAAUCCGAUCAACUCCUCCAAUCCAGGGGAAAGCUGGACCCAGUGGGAGGGCAGCAGCAAGUGAGAAGACCUGGAAACCCAAGCUGCAGAGGGACCAUCCCCAGGCCCGCUGGCCGAAUGCCACUUACCAGCCGGAGUGUACCACCCAGCAAAGGUGCCCUACCUACAGACUCUCUGUCAACUCGGAAAGCGCUUCCACGACCAAGUGCCGCAGGGCACAGAGUUCCUAUUUCCCAGCGACCAAAUAUUCCCGUUAUGGGUGCCACUCGCAGCAGUCUACAACCUCCCAGAAAAGUUGCAGUCCCAGGACCUACCAGGUAAAGAGAUCAGGACAGCAAGCAAGAACUCAGUAGCAAACCACUACCGUCACUGCCUAGACUUGCCUCUACCCAGCAGGGAUGACUUCAGUAGAUUCUGGCCCAGGAACAGGAAGAAGAGAUUCUGCCAGAGCUGGUCCCCCAGGAGUAGAGACACUGGGAGUUGGGAUGGAUUAGGGUGAGCUGGAGAAGACUUAAACUCUGAGUUGAAAGAAGAUUAGGGAAAAAGAGGUCAUCUUCCAGCAGUGAAAUUAGCUAACAGAAAAUGAGAAAUGCAGGCAA